ACCAGACUGUUCCUUCUUAUCACAUCUCCGCACUUCUCCUUUGCAUGUUCUCCGCAUCUUUGUAGAUACCUAUACCUGACAUAAAUUUCUACUUCUAUUUCUUGUUUACAUAUACACCGAGUUGCAUUCCUAGAAAGACUGAAAGCAGCCCCGAGGCUCCAUCCGAAUUGACCGAAGAUUGAGAACAAAGACGAAAGCAUUAUAUGCCACUCCCCGAGCUAUAGACCUCCUGCCACCUCCCAAUCAGCUCAAUUCUUCGAUUCGAGUCUCAAUUCUCCAAUUCUCGAGCCUACAGUCGAGGGAACAAGGAUCGGAAGAGGGGCAUGAUGCAAAGACACCCCAGUUAGCAACCAGACAACCAUGGGCGGACAAGAAAACGGCAGCAAUGGCAGAACAUACUCGAAAGGGCGGUCCUCGACGGGAGGGUCGAGGAGUGACUCGAAUACAUUGGAAAGACAGGAUACAGUGCUGACAAUUGGGAAGUUCAAAUUGAGGGGAAAGACGGAUGAUUUGCCUCAAGAUUGGUGGUUCGCGUCCACAGCUAUACCCUUGCUUGCAGCCACAAUUGGACCUCUAGCAAACGUGCUGAGUAUAGCGGCCUUGGUAUCAAAGUGGAGGGUUACUUUGCCAGAUAACGGGCAAUUACCAGCUGGCACGGAUGAUGCUGGGAUAGAUAUAGCAGAUCCUCACUGGGAGGUCAUUCUCAAUGCGAUAUCCCUGGCUUGUGGAUUCUUUGGCAACUUCUGCUUGUUACUGAACUUCACGAGACGGAUUCGAUACAUUGUUGCUUUGCCCGCGACAAUCAUAAGUUGGUAUUUUGCUACAGGAAUUCUUAUUGCUAUCACUGUUGCCAUGAACGAGCAUGUCCCUCCUGUGAGACCCGGAGAAACAUACUCACAAGGUUUUUGGCAUGCAGUCAUUGCAGCAGUGCUGUACUUGGUCGGCUCCAUGAUUCUAAUGGUCAACAUGCUUGGAUACUUUCUUGGCCAUUACCCACAGCAUUUUGACCUUGAUGAUGAUCAGCGGACGUUGAUUCUCCAGACCAUGAUGUUCUUCUUCUGGCUUGCAGGAGGAGCCGCCGUGUUUGCGCGAGUCAAUGAUCAUAUGUCAUACGCCGACUCACUGUAUUUCUGCGAUGUUACAGUCUUGACAAUAGGCUUUGGAGACAUAGUUCCAUUGAAUGAUACUGCGCGAGGACUAGUGUUUCCAUAUUCAGUAAUUGGUAUCAUCUUCCUUGGUCUCAUGAUCAACAGCAUCCGAAAGUUUGCAUCCAGCAUGUCCAAGGACAAGAUUAUCCGAAGACAUCAGCUCAAUGAACGAGAACGGACAUUUGGACGGUCCGUCACAAGUGAAAAAGAACUUCGAGAUCGAUUGGGUCUACCUCCUAAGUCUGACAUGGAACGUCGUCUGUCUAAUACUCGCAAACAAUCGAUCGGUGGAAUUCGUCGUAGCUCGCUGGAACAGUACGGACAUUUCGACAUGCACGGACGUACUAUCACCUUCCAAGAGAAGAAACACCACCAUCACGGGGGACGAGGUGGAGCUGCUAGAACCAACAAGCCCAAAGCAGCCUUAAGCAGAGAUGCGAAACUGCAGCAACGUGCAGCAGGCAAGGGCGAGCAUGCUAAGAGGGCAAAUCGUCGAGAGAAACUUAUCCUCCUGAAAGAAGAGAAGGAUCGAUUCGAUGCCAUGCGAGAGAUUCAGAGCAAUACCAGCCGGUUCAAGCAAUAUUACGCUCUUGCCAUGUCUGGGUUUGCGUUCGGAUUGCUAUGGUGUGUCGGUGCCGUGGUGUUCUUUGUAGCCGAAAAGAGGAUCCAAAACUUAUCGUACUUCGAAGCAUUGUACUUCUGCUACGUAUCUCUCUUGACCAUCGGGUACGGAGACUUAAGCCCACGGUCUAACGCUGGAAAGCCCUUCUUUGUUGUCUGGUCUCUAGUUGCUAUUCCCACGAUGACAAUUCUAGUAUCGGACAUGGGAGAUACAGUCGUCACGGCCAUCAACCGUGGGACCUUUACAUUGGCAGAUUGGACGGUGAUGCCAAAAGAAGGACGAUGGCAUGACUUCCUUGAAAAUCACCCCCGAAUCAAGAACUGGCUAGAACGUCGAGAGAAGGAGAAGGAAGCUAAGAAGCGCAUCGAACAAGGCUUUGCGUUACAAAAUCCAGAUGACGAAGGAGAUGGGAUCAUAGACGGUCCUCCCACCCUCGAAAAGCUCGCUGAAGAGCCGAGCCCGCCAUCAGAACACGAAUUGGCACGCAAAUUGGCAGUCGCUAUCAAGAAGACUGCUAAUGAUCUCAGAAGCGAGAAGCCCAAGAAAUAUAGUUAUGAGGAAUGGGUUGAGUUUACGAGACUAAUUCGGUUCAGUGGCCAGAACCCAGAGGAUGCACAAGACGAGGAAGAUGAAGAUGGGUUGAUUGAAUGGGAUUGGAUUGGUGAAGACAGUCCAAUGUUGGCAGAUGUGAGUGAGAGUGAGUGGAUUUUGGAUCGGCUCUGUGAGAGUUUGAAUCGGUAUACGAGGAAGCAGGCAAAGGAGUACCGACUUCAUACCGUGCAGUCCACUUCGGUCCUUUCCGCAAUCAAAGCCACUGCACUUCACGACCGAAACGCAGAAAUCUAUCCUGCUCACCCCGCUCCUCGCACACCAUACUCCUUCACUCACACGUCUCACUCUUAUGCCUCCACAUCACCGGUUCUAUCUCGUGGGCCAUCCGGUGAUCAAGUAGUAACGAUCCAUCACAAAACACCAGAUGAAAGAGCAGAAGAAGCUGCCUUGGAACUAGAACUUUCAAAAGAACGUUUGAUGACAAGUAGUGGAAGUGCUGAAGUAAGUGGCGGGAGCGGAAGCGGUACGACGGCGGUAGAGGAGUUUAAGAUUGGUGCAGAUGACGACGAGGAUGAAGUGGAGGCUGAAGAAGGGCUAGAAGAGGAGUUGCAGAAUGCUGAAGUGAGAGACUGGGCGAGGAGGGUUAGUGGUGAUGAGUUGAAGAGGAUUGAUAUCAGUGGGAAGGGGAGAGACGCCGAUUCUCCUGAAUAGUUUGUUGUACAUGGUGCAUUGGAGUAAGUUGGAUACAAGAGGACAGAACAUACUGUCAGAGGACAAGAGGGUGUUGGUCUGGAUUGAUACCCAGUUCGUAUUUUUGUUUAUGAUUACAUGCUUUACGAGUUUGGAUACACAAGAAGAUCAGACUGGGCUGCAAAGCAAAGGAUUGACUUGAAC